AUGGAAGCUCUGAAUCCAACGCAUUACAAUAUCACCAGAGCGGUCUCAGAGACAAUGCCAACAGCUACCCUGCCUCUUUUGCUCCUCAUGGGCUUCAUUUUCCUAAUAUGGACUUAUGAAGAAACAUCAACAAUCCCAGGGCCUGGCUACUGUAUGGGAAUUGGCCCUCUUAUCUCUCAUGGGCGAUUCCUCUGGAUGGGAGUAGGCAGUGCUUGCAAUUACUACAACAAGAUGUACGGUGAAUUCAUGAGAGUCUGGAUCAGCGGAGAAGAGACCCUCAUUAUUAGCAAAUCAUCAAGUAUGUUCCACAUCAUGAAACAUGGACAUUACAUCUCUAGAUUUGGGAGCAAACCUGGCUUAAAGUGCAUUGGCAUGCAUGAAAACGGCAUCAUAUUUAAUAAUAACCCAGCUCUGUGGAAAGAAAUCCGACCCUUUUUCACCAAAGCUCUGUCAGGCCCAGGUCUUGUGCGGAUGGUUGCCAUUUGUGUUGAAUCAACAAUUGAACACCUGGACCGGCUAGAAGAAGUGACUGCUAGAUGUGGCUACAUCAACAGCCUGAAUCUUAUGAGGCGGAUCAUGCUGGACACUUCAAACAAGCUUUUUCUUGGCAUUCCUCUUGAUGAAAAUGCCAUUGUACUUAAGAUCCAGAAUUACUUUGAUGCCUGGCAGGCACUUCUGCUAAAACCUGACAUCUUCUUUAAGUUUUCUUGGCUGUACAAGAAAUAUGAAAAAUCUGCGAGGGAUCUGAAGGAAGCCAUUGAAAUCUUAAUUGAGCAGAAACGCCAAAAGCUUUCCAUAGUUGAGAAACUAGAGGACCAUAUGGAUUUUGCAUCUCAACUGAUUUUUGCACAGAGCCGUGGUGAGCUGACUGGCGAGAAUGUCAACCAGUGUGUUUUGGAGAUGCUGAUAGCUGCUCCGGAUACACUCUCAGUGACUCUGUUUUUCAUGCUAGUGCUGAUUGCAGAACAUCCUCAAGUUGAGAAAGCAAUGAUGAAAGAAAUACAGAAUGUGAUUAGUGACAGAGAGAUCCAAAGCGAUGACAUGCCAAAGCUGAAGGUAGUUGAGAAUUUUAUCCUUGAAAGCAUGAGAUACCAGCCAGUCGUGGACUUGGUCAUGCGCAAAGCCUUGCAGGAUGAUGUGAUUGAUGGCUAUCCCGUGAAAAAAGGAACCAACAUCAUUCUGAAUAUCGGGCGCAUGCACAGGCUUGAGUUCUUUCCAAAGCCAAAUGAAUUCUCACUUGAAAAUUUUGAGAAGAGUGUUCCUUAUCGCUAUUUUCAGCCCUUUGGAUUUGGUCCCCGUGGCUGUGUUGGAAAAUUUAUCGCCAUGGUCAUGAUGAAAGCAAUCUUGGUAACUCUUCUGAGAAGGUGCAGCAUCCAGACUGUAAAAGGCAAAGGUCUUAAAAGCAUAGCCACAAACAAUGAUUUGUCUUUUCAUCCAAAUGAAAGCCAGCCAUUGCUAGAGAUGGUAUUCACACCAAGAAGAAGUAAUAUGGAAAAGAAUUAUGAAGAUGAAUAA